AUGCCAAUUAGGCCUACGUUAAGGCCAUGCUUUUAUAAAAGCAAAAAAAAUAAUAUCUUUUUUUGUAGAAAAAACCAUAGAAGCUCGAAUUUUGAAAAGCUUCCAAUAACAGGUGACCGAUUGCAUGGGUAUUUUUCUAAAGUAGAGCAGACAAAGCGUAUUAGUGAACUCAGUUUGGUAGCCAUUUUAUUAAGACAUGAAAAAACGGGCGCAGAACAUCUUCAUAUCAUGAAAAACGACAAAAACAAUGUUUUUGCAGUAGGGUUUCACACACCUCCCCCAGACAGUACAGGUGUGCCUCAUAUUCUUGAACAUACUGUAUUAUGCGGAUCAGCCAAAUAUCCAGUUAGAGAUCCUUUCUUUAAAAUGCUAAACCGAAGUUUAGCAAAUUUUAUGAACGCCUUUACUUGUUCCGAUCAUACGAUGUACCCAUUUGCAACAAUGAAUCCUAUUGACUAUGCCAAUCUUCGAGAAAUCUAUUUAGAUGCAACUUUGUUUCCAAGACUUCGAAAAAUAGACUUUUUACAGGAAGGAUGGCGUUUGGAAAAUGAAAAUACAGAAGAUCCACAGUCUCCUAUCGUUUAUAAAGGUGUCGUGUAUAAUGAAAUGAAAGGUCAAAUGUCUAACUCAUCAUAUUUAUUUUAUACUCGGUAUCAACAACAAAUGUUUAAACAUACAAUAUACGAAAACGAAAGCGGAGGUGAUCCAGCAGUUAUUACAGAUCUUACAUACGAAAAUCUAAUUAAUUACCAUAAAAAGUAUUAUCAUCCAACAAAUUCUAAAUUUUUUACAUACGGAAAUUUUCCUUUAAAUGAACAUCUAAAAGCCAUUGAUUCAAAGAUAUCUUCAUUUAAAAAAACAAGUGUUGAAAAUGUUGAAAAAAAUAUAAAACCAUUUGAGUCACCAAAAAAAAUAUAUGACGUUUUUCCUUUUGACCCUUUAUCAGACCCUAAAUCUCAAAUAAAAAUGUCGAUUUCUUUUUGUGCAAACGAUACAACAGAUAUCUUUGAAACAUUUUCAAUGCGUGUAUUAUCUUCAUUAUUACUUGAUGGACAUUCUUCUCUUUUAUACAAAAAAUUAAUAGAAACAGGUCUUGGAACAGAUUGGUCGCCAAAUUCAGGUUAUGAUUCAAGUUUUAAAACAGGAAUAUUUUCAGUAGGUCUUCAAGGGGUUGCAGAAAGCAAUAUUGAAAAAGUUGAGUCUGAAAUUCUGAAAGUAUUAGAAGAAGUAGCAGAAAAAGGAUUCGAACAACAUAAAAUAGAUGCUAUACUUCAUCAAAUAGAACUUAAUUUAAAACAUAAAUCUGCAAAUUUUGGAUUAUCUUUAAUGCAAAGUUUAGAAUCAGGAUGGUUCAACAAUUCGGACCCAUUUUUGAUGAUGUCUAUUAAUGAAAUUAUCUCAAAAUUCAAAGAAUUUACUUCUAAUGGUCAAUACCUGAAAUCAUUAAUACAUAAGUAUAUAUUAAACAAUAGAAAUUCACUUUUAUUCAUUAUGUUUCCUUCAAAAACAUUUAUGGAAGAUUUAUCUGCAAAUGAAAUGAAAUCUUUAACAGCUAAAAUUAACUCUUUAUCUUUGGAAGAAAAGAAAGAACUUCAAACUCAAAGUUUAGAGUUACUGAGGAAUCAAGAAACAAAAGAAGACUUAUCAUGCUUGCCUACAUUAACAAUUAAUGAUAUAGCAAAAACUGCUUUUAAAGCUAAAAUAUUACAUGAAAAUAUUGGGAAGCUAAAUGUACAAUGGAGGAUUGCAUCUACAGACAUUACAUAUUUUAAAGCUAUCAAUCCUUUAAAUGAGCUUCCAAAACACCUUAAACCUUACUUACCAUUAUUCGCAGAGGUUUUAACUAAUUUAGGGACUUUUUCACAGCCAAUGUCAGAUUUAGAGGACGAGAUUAAACUUAGGACUGGUGGUUUAAAUGUUUCUACUCAUAUUACUUCCAGAUAUGAUGAAGAAGGAUUAACAUUUUCAAGUCGCUGCUUGUAUCAUAAUAUACAACAUAUGUAUAAUUUAUUUCAGAAAUUACUAUUAGAAACAAACUUUGACAAUGUUGAAAAAUUGAGAUCAUUGAUAUCGAUUAAUAAUAGCAGUAUAAUGAGUUCUCUUGCAGAAAAUGGUCAUUCAUAUGCACGAGCUUUCUCCGCUUCAUCAAUGACUUUAGGAGGAAAAUUAUCAGAGAUAAUGAAUGGAAUAACGCAAGCAAAAUUAAUUAGUAAACUUUGUGUGGAAGAAGAUUUAUCAGACUUAAUAAAUAAACUUAAAGAAAUUUCUAAAUAUGCAUUUUCACGAGAUUCACUUAGAAUUUUCAUUACUUGCAAUAACGAACAUAUAAAUGUAAAUAAGCAAGAAUUAAGCAAAUUUUUGUCAAGUCUUCCAGAAAAUUUAGACUAUCACAAGCCUAAAAAUCUAUUUCAGUUUACACCGUCUUUUGGUAAAAAAAAAUUCUUUCCAUUACCUUAUUCUGUUAAUUUUACAUCUCUUUGUCUGUUAGGUGUUCCAUAUAUACAUCAAGAUAGUCCUGUUAUUCAGAUAUUAUCUAAAUUGCUUACUCAGCAAUAUUUACAUAGAGAGAUUCGUGAAAAGGGCGGUGCAUAUGGUGGUGGUAUUUCAUAUAAUACUUUAGAAGGUAUUUUUGGAUUCUAUAGUUAUAGGGAUCCAACACCCCAAAGAACAUUAUCUGUUUUUAUGAACUCUGGGCAAUGGGCUAUGGAACACAAUUGGACCAAAGAGGAACUAGAUGAAGCUAAAUUAAGCAUAUUUCAGUCGUUGGAUGCUCCUAUCAGUAUUGACCAAGAAGGAUUACUGUAUUUCGCUAAUUCAAUAAAUGAUGAAAUGUGUCAACUUCGUAGAGAACGCCUAUUCGAUGUAAAAAUAGAUGAUUUAUAUCGAGUAACAAAAAAAUAUAUAUUUCAAUCAUUAUCACAGCAACAUUUAAGUGCUACUAUAUUGGGUGAAAAAAAAGAAUGGAUAGAACAAGAAAAACAAUGGAAAAUUUUUGACUGGAAUAAUGAUAUAGAUGUUCUAUCACAAUAA